AUGGCCGAAGAACAUCCAACAUACCUCUCACCUAGUGAACUAGGUUCAAAAGACUACUGGGAAACCUAUUACGCCCGCACACUAGCACACAUCUCCACUGAAAAACCAACCCAAGAUGCAAACACAACCGCAGCCGAUUCAGAUGCAGAUGCAGACUCCGACUCAGACGACUCCGUAAACGACGAAGACGACCCCGGCACAUCAUGGUUCUCCGAACACAACGCCCCCGAAAAGGUCCUCCGUUUCUUAACAUGCUCUUCAUUCCCGCUUUCAGCUCGCAGCAAAACCAACAAGGCUAGAAGCCCAAAAAGCAAAACGUCAAAAGCAAGCAUCCUCGAUCUUGGAACGGGGAAUGGAAGCAUGUUAGCCCUUCUCCAGAAGAGGGGUGGAUAUACCGGGAGGAUGGUUGGAGUUGAUUACUCUGCACAAUCUGUGGAGUUAGCGAGGGAGUUACAGCGUACGAGGGGACAUUCUGCUUAUCAUUCUGGGAGUGAGGAUGAGGAGGAUGAGUCUUCCGAGGAAGGAGACGAGGACCAAGAAGUACAAGGGGAAGGAUCCGAAUCUGAAACCUCCCCAAUUCAAUUCGAAGAAUGGGACAUUCUCUCCUCAACUGCUACACUAUCACCAAAUGGAUCCCCAGUCGCACUCUCAAAAUCACCCGAAGAAGAAGGAAAACUCCCCUGGUUCCCCUAUAAAGAAGGAGGCUUUGAUAUAGUUCUCGACAAAGGAACAUUCGAUGCAAUCUCACUCGCGGACAACGCGAAAGAAACCAAUGUUUGUGAACGGUACCCGUCUAUUGUACGGCGUUUACUUCGAAACGGAGGAUAUCUAAUUGUUACGAGCUGUAAUUGGACGGAGGAGGAGCUUGUCAAGUGGUUCACUUCUGUUGAUGGUGAUGGUGAUAAGUUGGGUGUUUGGGGACGGGUUGAGUAUCCGCGGUUUAGAUUUGGGGGGGCUGAGGGACAGGGUGUUUGUACGGUGUGUUUUCAGAGGGUUGUUUCGAGUUCUUCAUAG